UUAGAAGAUCAUAAAAGUAUUGGAAACUAUAUCGUCUGUAAGAAAUUAAUGAGCAAUAAUGAAAUUAAUCUAAAACAGGAAUUGAAAGAUAUGUUCGUUUAUAAGGUAAACAUUAAAUUAACAAUUAUUAAUUCAGCUGCUGUUAGAGUUUCAAAGAACCUUUCCGGUAUAGCCGAGCAUUUGCAAGGAGAUCAACUUGAAGAGGAAAUAAAACGUUGUAUCCAGGAUGAAAAUCAAUGUAAUAUUAGAAAUGAAUAUUUAGUGAAAAUUAAUAGCAGUGAAAAAUAUAUUCAGAUAUUAAUACGUACAAUAUCAUCAGUAUUAGAUCAGACUUUAAAAAGCGAAAUUUCCAAAAUAGUCCCCGAGAAAAUUAAUAUUCAAAUAUAUUUACCCAUUAUGCGAUGCUUAAAUCACACAAAUUAAUUACACGUUCAAUCGGAACAAAUAAAUCAUAUUUGGUCAUUGUUA